AUGGGCCCCCCGCUCCUCCUCGCCUGCCUGCUCGCCCCGCUCUGCGCUCGGGGUGCCAACCCAGCCCAGCCAGGCCCCUCAGCCCCCCAGGGCUGGCUGCAGCACGAGGCUCCUCGGCGGGUGAAGAGGGCCUGGGUCAUCCCCCCCAUCAGCGUCUCGGAGAACCACAAGCGCAUCCCCCACCUCCUGGUGCAGAUCAAGUCAGACAAGCAGCAGCCCGGAGGGGUGAUCUACAGCAUCAAAGGGCCGGGGGUGGAUGAGGAGCCCCUGGGCAUCUUCUCCAUCGACAAGUUCAGCGGGAAGGUUUUCCUCAACGCUAUGCUGGACCGGGAGGAGAACGACCGCUACCGGCUGAGAGCCUUCGCGCUGGACCUGGGUGGGGUCACCCUGGAGGACCCCACGGACCUGGAGAUCAUCGUGGUGGACCAGAACGACAACCGGCCGCUCUUCCGGCAGGACGUGUUCACCGGGCGGGUGGUGGAGGGGGCUGAGCCAGGGACCUGCGUGAUGACAGUGGAUGCCACCGACGCCGACGACCCCGACACGGAUAACGCGGCGCUGCGCUAUUCCAUCCUGGAGCAGGGCGCUGCCGGAAUGUUCAGCAUCAACGCCACCACCGGGGAGAUCUGCACAGCACGGCCCGGCCUCGACCGCGAGACCAUGGGGGUGUACAACCUGACGGUGCAGGCGGCCGACAUGUCCGGGGACGGGCUGACCACCACGGCCAUGGCCGUCAUCUACCUGGAGGACAUCAACGACAACCCUCCCGAGUUCACCAAGGAGGAGUUCUCCAUGGAGGUUGAGGAGCAGGCGGUCGGUGUGGACGUAGGCAAGGUUUUCGUGCACGACAAGGACCUGGCAGGCUCGCCCAGCUGGUUGGCCAAAUUCACCAUCCUGGAGGGCGACCCCGAGGGCGCUUUCGCCAUCCGGACCGACCCGCACACCAACGACGGCGUGCUCUCCGUGGUCAAGCCGCUGGACCACGAGGUGCGGGAUCGCUUCGAGCUGACGGUGUCGGUGCAGAACGAGCGGCCGCUGGAGCCCUCGGCCCCCGCCAGCCCCCGGGCGCUGGCCACGGUGCGGGUGCGGGUGCGGGACGUCAACGAGGCUCCCGUGUUCCGCGAGAACCCGCGGCGCAUCAGCGUCCUGGAGGGGACACCCCCGGGCACCCCCAUCACCACCUACACCGCCAGCGACCCCGACACCCACCAGAUCCAGACCCUCAGCUACGCGCUGCUCUACGACCCCGCGGACUGGCUGCAGCUGGACCCUCACGGCGGCACCGUGCGCACCAAGCGGGAGCUGCUGCACCCGUCCGCCUUCCUGCAGGGCGGCUGGUACAUCGCCCUGGUUCUCGCCCGCGACGAUGCCGAGCCCCCGCUCUCGGCCACCGGCACCCUCUCCAUCGAGAUCCUGGAGGUGAACGACCACGCUCCGCAGCUGCAGCCGCCGGCCGGGGUGCUCUGCGGGCGGCCGGGACGCGGGGGGACCCUGCUCCUGGGGGCCACCGACGAUGACCGGCCCCCCCAUGGAGCGCCCUUCCACUUCCAGCUCAGCCCCCAGCACCCCCAGCUCGCCCGCAACUGGAGCCUCGCCCGCUUCAAUGUGACCCACGCCGUGCUGGCCGUGCUGGCCGAGCUGCCCGAGGGGCUCUACUCGCUGCCGCUGCUGCUCCGGGACUCGGGGACCCCCCCGCGGGAGCAGCAGCAGCUGCUGAACGUCUCGGUGUGUCACUGCGGCCGGGACGGCACCUGCCUGGACGGGGCCCUGGCCGCGGCCACCGCCGGGGCCGGCAUCACCCUCGGGGCGCUCAUGAUCAUCCUGGGCAGCACCAUCCUCCUCCUUGUGCUGGCGGCUCUGGGCGCUGCGCGGGUGCGCGGGCGCCGCCGGGCUCUGCGCAAGGGGCUCCUGCAGCGCUCCCGGGACGACAUGCGCGACAACAUCCUCAACUACGACGAGCAGGGCGGGGGUGAGGAGGACCAGGACGCCUACGACAUCAACCAGCUCCGGCACCCCGAGCUCUUCUCCCCCCGGGCCAAGCCUCCCCUGCGCAGGGACGCCCCGCUCAGCUCCGGGACCCCCAUAGGCCCCCGCAAGCUGCCCAGCAGCCCCUCCGACAUCGAGGAUUUCAUCAAUGAGGGGCUGGAGGCGGCUGACAGCGACCCCAGCGUGCCCCCCUAUGACACCGCCCUGAUCUACGACUACGAGGGCUCGGGCUCGGUCGCCAGCCCCCUCAGCUCCAUCGUGUCCAGCCUGACGGACGAGGACCAGGACUACGAUUACCUGAACGAGUGGGGGCCCCGCUUCCGCCGCCUGGCCGACCUGUACGGGCACUAGCGGGGAUGGGGGGCAGGAGGGGCACCCCUCUGCCCAGGGAGGGACGGGGCAGCGGGCAGCUCCCACACAAACACCCGCACACGCGGAGGAGAUGCCCAGAGGCAGCGGCUUCACCUACGGACCCGCACGGGAUGCGCGGCUGGAGCGGCUUUGCACACGCGUGUGCAACGAGGGCGCUCCGUGCGGGGGCUGCCCACUCACACACCCCGCAGAG